AACAAUCUUCUCGGUGUAAAAUGUUAUUAAAAAUAACUUAACUAAGGCGAGGAGAGCUACAUUCUUACGAUGGAUGUCCCCCAAGUUUCUGCACAUGUUCUACGACUCUUGCUGCUCGGGAUCGUAUGUAUUUCCUCGUUGGCCUCCACAACCUCCAACACAAGACAAGGUGACAGUUUACCAACACAUCAAAACAGGAUUUCUGUAAACCAGUUCAAUGUUAUCCAUGACUCUUGCCAAGGUGUGAAUCUACAGGAUGCUGGUCGCAGUAUAUCUACAGCAGUAGAUAUAUUUGUAAGGGAUCUUACUUGUAAAAGGGUGGAAAAUGCAAGCCUACCAGAGGGAUUCCUCAUAGAGAUGGAACAAAACAUCCGGCGCUUGGUAGACUCAUCCUUAAAAGCCUAUUUGAACCAGGUCUCCAAUGAAUCUAGAGCCGAUGUUCUGGAAAUAUUUGGAAUCCUGGAUAGUCUAAAUCUGGGUGACUUCAGAGACCCAGCAUUUAUCAGGCUGUGGUUCUCUCUGAAGAUGGCUCCUCUUUUGCCCUUUGUUGAUGAGAGCUUCUUAGUCCAACUUGGCAACCAGAACUUCAGCUGCAGUUCUUACCAGGAAUUGAUAAGGUCUAUUACUGUGGAGCUUCAGACGAUUCAAGGUACUGACAGGAAAUUAAUCUACAGCAACUUCAUCACAACUUUACUUAAGUAA